AUGUUUGUGAAAAAGCUUGUUGGAGUUGUAUUAUUUUCAUCUUCUAUUUUUUCAAUAUUCUCAAGCGUCUCAAUAUUUAUUUCAGUGUUUAAACUCGCAUUCAUUUCGAGAAAAAGUUCAAUAUACGUUAUUGCAUUUUUCAACAUCAUUUCUGAUUUGUUGCAACUAUUUUAUCUCUGCUUCUACUUUUCACUUUCAAUAAUUAUCGAUCAAUAUGCGAUAGCAGGAGACAAAGUUGGAAGAUUGAGCGUCUUUUUUGGGUUCAUAUUUCUCUCUGGCUGGUUUAUGGAAAACCUACUUCAACCAACGAUGGCUAUAAAUCGAUUUCUCGUGAUAACAUUUAACAAUCACAACAUCUUCACAUUCAAUAAAACGAUGCUCAUGAUGACUGUUCUUAUCUCAGCUGCUUUGUUUUCUGCUGCUUGCGCACAAUACUUGUUUCCAUGCUGCGUAUUUGUAAUCGAUUACACAGUCAUGGCUUUGGAGCUAGUAACAAUAAAUGGGGUGCACUCAUAUACAAAUUCCAUGUUCCUUGUAUACGAUAGUAUUUGUACGUCUAUUUCAAUAUUUUGCUACAUUGGGGUGUUCAUAUCAAUUCGGAAUUCAAACAAGAAAGUGUCUACCCAAAUUCAAAAGCAAAGAAGAAAACAAGAGAUUCGGUACCUUCUCCAAUUUAUGUUCACUUCAGUUUUCUAUAUCACCACUUGGGUUAUAUUUGAAAUACUGCAGUAUAUAAUUCCUGACAAAAAGUUUCAACCACACGCAAUCAUACCAGCAAUGAUUAUACUUAACUGCUCAUCAAAUUCUGUAAUUUUUCUUUCUAUUAACAAGGAAGUAAAAUGCUCGUUCCAAUGUUCAUGGUUUAUCGACAAACUGGGAUGUAAGAAGGCAACUGGAAACAGUCAAGUUACUCCGGUCAAUUUAAUUUGA